AUGAAGUGGACCGCUUCCCUCACACUUGCACUCGCCGCGUUGCGGCAGGUUGACGCUACAAACUCAACAUCAUGCACCCCGCGGUUGAUUAGCUAUUGGAUCCGCGCCAAUGCCUCUAUCGCGACCGUGGAGUCGGUUGAUGCGGGCAACGGCUUCUCCGAAGAGGGCAACCUCGCCUUCCCCGGUAACGUCACAAACCUGCCCAGUCUCUGCGCCGUGAGCUUCAUUGGCAAGACAGCAGAGGGAAACGAAUACAAGUUUGCCAUGUUCCUCCCAGACGACUGGAACAACAAGAUUCUCACUGUAGGCAACGAUGGCUUUUCGGGAGGCGUCAAUGCUCCGGCCAUGGCUGUGGGUGUCAAGUACGGCUUCGUUACCCUCUCCACCGACGCCGGACACAACUCUACUGCGAAUAACCUCACCUGGGCGCUGAACAACACCGACGCCAAGCUGGACUACGGUCACAGAGCGCUGCAUGACUCUAUCGCGCUGACUCAGAUUGUCGUCGACAAGUACUAUGGGCUGUCUGCGAAAGCGUCCUACUUCUCCGGCACAUCAGAUGGUGGUCGACAGGGUCUGAAGGCCGCCGAGCUGUACCCGCGGGACUUCUCGGCGCUCUUGAUCGGUGCCCCGGCCUGGUGGCAGAGCCAUCUGCAAAGCUGGAGGAUCGCGCUGGGCAUCGCUAACCUGCCCACCGACGACGCAAAACACAUCACCGCCGACAAGUUCACCGUGAUUGGCGAUGCCGUCAAGAAACAGUGCGACGCUGUGGAUGGAGUCGAGGACGGUAUCGUCAGCGACCCCGCCAAUUGCACCGUCAACUUCGACCUCUUCACCUGCGGUAAAGAUGGCGUCGACGCCACAGCCUGCUUGUCUGCGGAACAGAUCACCGUCGCGCAGGCACUGUACGCCGACUACAAAGUCAACGACGAGACCGUCUUCCCUGGUGUCAACCCCUCGUCCGAGUACGGUUGGGAUUCGCUGUUGGGCGGCGGUAACGGUUCGGAGCCGAACGACGUGGCAGUCAGCUACAUGAAGUACUUCCUCUUCGACGACGAGGAGUGGGCAUGGUCAAGCUACAACGACACUGUCCCCGCGUACGCCAACGCCACGAACCCCGGCGACCUCGACGUCAACACCUUCAACCUGACCAAGUUCUCAAGCCUGGGUGGCAAGAUCAUCAUGUACCACGGCCUGUCUGACGCCGAUGUCCCAUCCAAGGCGUCGCAGGUCUACUACGACAAGGUUGUCGCGCAGUCCGGCGGCGACGUCGACGCUGUCCGCGCUUGGUUCCGUCUCUUCUUCCUGCCCGGGCUGGGCCACAAGAACACGACCGUUGACGCGCCUUGGUACAUUGCCGGACCGGGCCAGGCCGAACAGCUCGGCAGCGGCGGCAACUACUCGGUUCCGGGCUACUCCGAUGCGACCCACGAUGCGCUGCUUGCGCUCCAGCAGUGGGUUGAGGGUGGCGCCGGGCCGGACUCGCUCAUCGCGACGACGUGGAAGAACGCGACUGACCCGACCACUGAUGUGCUCAGGCAGAGGCCAAUUUGCCCGUACCCAUCAACGCAAAAGUUCACCAGCGGUGGUGAUGAGACGAAGCCCGACAGCUUCACGUGCUAG